UCGACCGUCCAUUGUAUGGUAGAUCGACACGCGUGUGCUACAGCACCCUCAACGUCAUCAACAAAACCCGCGAAAAUUGGCGCUGCUCGGCCACUUCCAGCCAUGACAUUUCUGUCCCCUAAAACCCUAUCCCCAUACCCAUUCCUUCACCUUCCUCACAAAACCCAACAAACCCACAAAAACCCUAACCCUAGUAACCCCAUUUCUUGCCAUAAACCAGAGUACAGGACCGAAAGGGGACUCGAAUUCGACAUCGGCGACACCUUCUUCCGCCACGAAAGCGCCACCGGCCGUGACCUCGGCGUACUAGCUGCUGCUCUCUACAAAAAAUCAAAAGGCAAUCUUCGUGUUCUUGACGCUAUGUGCGGUUGUGGUGUUCGAUCUCUGCGGUACUUGGCUGAGGCAGAGGCUGAUUUUGUGUUGGCAAAUGAUGCAAAUGACGAUUACAGGAGGGUUAUAUAUUCGAACCUGUCACGGGUAUUGAGUUGUGGGGAUGAUAGGAGGUGGGUGGUGACACAUUCGGAUGCGAAUAGGGUGAUGGCGGAGUGUUAUCUCCACAAGGAUUACUUUGAUCUCAUUGAUGUUGAUUCGUUUGGAAGUGAUUCCAGUUUCUUGAGGUCUGCAUUUUCUGCUCUGAAAUUGGAUGGGUUGCUGUAUAUUACUUCCACUGAUGGUUACACUUCUGGUGGUCAUAGGCCUGAACAUUCUUUAGCUUCAUAUGGAGCAUAUGUUCGCCCUAUGCCAUAUUCGAAUGAAGUUGGUUUGCGAAUGCUUAUAGGUGGGGCUGUACGAGAUGCUUCUGUGUUAGGGUACCGUGUUUUACCACUUUUCUCGUAUUACUCGUACCAUGGACCUGUGUUUAGAGUCAUGCUCCGGGUUAAUCGUGGAAAGCUUCUCAAAAGCAGGCAUUAUGGUUUUAUCAGUUACUGCACCCAAUGUGGGCAUUCUCAAGCAUUUUUGUGGAAUGAACUUGGCCGGAUCAAGUGCACCUGCAACAAUGCAGAUGUCUCUGGUUCACUUAUUGUUUCAGGGCCACUCUGGACAGGACCUCUUCACGAUGCUACUUAUCUUACGGAAAUGCUAAAUUUGGCCGAAGCUUGGGGAUGGACAGGCAAUGGCACAGGAAUGGAUCUUGAAAAGCUAUUAAAACAGAUGAUCAAUGAAAGUGACCCCAGGUUACCAUUUGGAUACAUCAAAUUGGAUGAGGUUGCAAGUCGUGCAAAAAUUAAUUCUCCUCCCCUUAGGACCAUGAUGAGCACCAUGCACGAGGAAGGAUAUGCUGCUUGUAGAUCACACAUCAUCUCCAAUGCAAUCAAAACUAACUGCCCGAUGGCAGCAUGCAUUAGGAUAGCAAAGGAACUCCAAAGUGCUGAAAGAUUGGUGCUAAAGUGAGCUGGCUGUAAAAUUUGCGUCUAGUGGCAUUGCCACUGCCAAAGCCUGCGGGUCCAGAGAGCUACGGGAAGAAGGAAAUGUGCACCUCAGAUUAUAAGCUCAACGUCAUGCUUGCUGAAGACCAUUUGUGAUCAUGAACGUUCAAUCUCCCACCUAUAAAAACAGAUGGGAAGCCAGAUGACUCAGGAGUUACUCCUCACAUCUCCUUGUAAUAGGCUCAUAUUAUAAUAGUGGAGCUUACACUUCACAAAAUAGUUUGUUUCCCGGCAUUGAAUCCGGGACUGAUAUAAGACAUUUGUUUUAGAUAAACGAUAUCUCUGUGAAUGAAUUAAAGCAAUUGUAGGAAGUAACUGCUUUAGAUGA